AUGGAUGUGGAUUUGGGAGGGGAUCUGGCAUGGGAUUUCCUGGGUAAGAGCGAUGAAAAGGCCGUCCCUACUGGUCUUUCGUCGCCUAUGUUCGACUCUAUGCACAUUGAGUCUGUUCCCAUCGAACUACACGGUGGCUUCUCGCCUAUUUUCCACGAGAUAUACGACCAUGAUCAUUUCUUCACCGAUCAUGCGCUACACAACGAUAUGACGACCGGCGCUGAGCAGGAGGCUGGGUUGGAGGAUUCCACGCCUGACGGAUCCGUUGAUGAAAUACAAGAUAUCUUGUUCCGUUCAGCUGGUUUAUCUGCAGUUGGACCAACUUAUGACAUGCUUGGGAUCGAACCCCAUUCGAGUGAUCGUCCCACACCUUCAUCUGGAUCAUGGACGAAUCUGAAAGCUCCACUAGAAAUGGAGCUCCUUCAGAUCUAUUUCCAGACAAUGCAUACUCUCUGCCCUGUCAUUAACGAAGUGGAUUUCUACCAAUGGUACCAUGGCCGUGACCGAAAGAAAAAGAACCGUCCUCUGCGCGAGCUCCUACUUCAUGUUGUCAUAUUUGCGGCAUUUGCCCACGUCGAUCUGGAGCAAUUGCGGCAAAGCCCUUACUCAUCAGUGCCAAAUGGCCAACAGGCUCUCUUCGAGCACGCACAUUCCCUUUACAAUUCGUUGCGCGAUACACAUCAAGGCUCUGUCGAACUGGUCCAAAGCGCAUGCAUAUUGAGUCACUGGAGUCCAUACGACUCUUCAAUAGAAGUCAAUUGCUUUUGGUCUGACGAGACCAUUCGUCAUUCUGUGCUUGGUGGCCUGCAAUCUUCGACCCGGCCCUUUCACCGGGUGAUUUGGUGGUGUUGUCUUCACAGAAAUCGAACCCUAUCAUUAGCGCUUCAUCGACCGCACAAAUUGAAAAAGUAUCAAUCGGGUCGACUGCCGGUACUUGCUGACUUCGGUGAUCUCUGGGCACCCAGUCCGGGGGUGAAAAGUUCGAGGAUAUUCUCAGCCGCACUAUUCAUCUUUCUAUGCAGAUUAUCAGUCAUCAUGAACGAGAUCGUACUAUUGAGGCAUAACAGCUCAAGGUGGGACGACUGGCGGGCUGGCAGCGAUGCUCAAGGUUCUACAGAGCCUGUUCUUGAUCGUAUUGUCAUGAUCGAUCGGUCGAUCAGUGUGCUGAAAAAUGCCUUCGAAAGUGCUAUCCAAGACAUGGAUGGACAGGAAAUUCAUGGGAGGACACGUGUGGGCGCACACGUGCUUCAUAUCAUGAUCUAG